AUGAAACAACGUGAUGUCGAUGUGGUCAUUGGUCCACCCUGUCCUAUGUCAGCUGAAAUAAUGGCUUACCUCUCGACGUAUUACAAGAAAACAAUGCUUGGAUGGGGUUUUCUCAUUGAUUCACUGUUUAUUGUGAACUACACGGAGUGUGAUGGAUCAACUGCAGUCGGGGUGGCAGUGGAAUUCAUGAAACAACGUGAUAUCGAUGUGGUCAUUGGUCCACCCUGUCCUAUGUCAGCUGAAAUAAUGGCUUACCUCUCGACGCAUUACAAGAAAACAAUGCUUGGAUGGGGUUUUCUCAUUGAUUCACUGUUCAGCAAUGCUAAAAAAUUUCCUUAUAUCACAAAGGUUAUACCAGAUUCGUUAUCGUGA